AAAUGGUGGGGGGCGAUGCGGUGUUGUCCCCCCCAAAGUCAGUGGGGACCCACUGCCCCACGGCCGCCGCCAUGGCCACCCGCGUCCCCCCGUCGCCAUCCCGGGAGAGGGACUGUCGCUUUAACGGCAGGCUUUCCGCCUCGCCCGGCCUCCACGCCGUCAGCGGGCAGGUGGAGCUGGAGCGGGGGCCCCCAGGGUGCCCCCCAGCCCGGCUGGGCCCCGCCAGGCCGGAGGAAGGGGAAGUGCUGGCACAGGGGGGGCCUGCGUCGGAGGAUGCCGGGGCUGCCCCAUGGAAGGUGAAGAAGCCGUCGCUCAUCUUGUGGAGACCCCCCCAAAAGACGGGGAUGCCCAGCAGUUCCCGAAAGAGGGUGAAAACAGAGCCGAGGGAGCAGCAGCUGAGACCGGGGACACAGGGGACAGCGGUGCCACCCCGGGGCAUCUGCGUCUGGACCAGGACAUGCCACACGUGGACCACGGGGAUGGUGCAACAGACUCUCUCCCGAAGUCCUCGGCUGCCUCGAUGGACAAGCAGAGGAGCACCGAGCUCUCGGCCCUUGACAGUUUCCCCCUGAAGCACUCGAACACGCUGACGAACAGGCAACGAGGCAAUGAGGUCUCGGCCCUGCCAGCCACGCUGGACACAUUGUCCAUCCACCAGCUCGCUGCCCAGGGAGAGCUCAGCCAGCUGAAAGAGCACCUCCGGAAAGGGGAGAACUUGGUAAAUAAACCUGAUGAGAGAGGUUUCACGCCGCUGAUCUGGGCUGCAGCCUUCGGAGAGAUCGAAACGGUCCGUCACCUGCUGGAAUGGGGCGCUGACCCCCACGCGCUGGCGAAGGAGCGAGAGAGUGCCCUGUCCCUGGCCAGCAUGGGCGGCUACACCGACAUCGUCGUCAUGCUGCUGGAGAGGAACGUGGACAUCAACAUCUACGACUGGAACGGCGGCACUCCUCUGCUCUACGCCGUGCGCGGCAAUCACGUCAAGUGUGUGGAGGCCCUACUAGCUCGCGGCGCCGACCUGACGACGGAGGCGGAUUCUGGCUACACCCCGAUGGAUCUGGCCGUGGCCCUGGGACACAAGAAAGGUGAUCGAAAAUCACAUCCUGAAGCUAUUCCAGAGAAAGGAGGCGGAAUGACGGAGCGGCUCCUGCAGCACCAAGCGCUUCUCCGGCCACCACAGGGCUCUCCUCCGGGACCAAACGCCGCCCCAAAAUGGGCAACGAGGUGACCCUUCAAAUGAGGAGCAGGAGGAGGAGGAUGGGAACUGCCUGCCCUCGGUGGGUCCGUGCCUUUACUGGAGGGUGACACAGCCCCGCACCCCGGGGACGCUCCUUCCUUGGGGCAGCUCCAUUUCUGCCCCGUCCGGGCUGGGCUGCUUCACACCCCUGUGCAUUCAGGUAUCUACAUUGCUGGAAGUAAAUUCUAAAGCAGC